UGGGGACAGUAUAUGGGAAAAUGGAAGUCUUCUUCGCGUAUGUCCCCGUAAACCAUAUAUGCCAGUAAUUCCGUCUGUUUGAUGGUACUCCGCUGGCAUCGCCAGUCAGUGACGUUGCAGUCACAGAUUGGUUGCAAAUACCGCCGCUCGCCCUAGAUCCUACAACGUCGUCGUCACGUGACCUCUCUAAAAAAGACGAAGGAAAAGAGAGAUGGCUGCUAAUGUAUUAGCUACUCUUGCUACUGCUUUUGGAAAUUGAAGCAAAGCUGUCAUGGAAAAUGAGAGAAGACAACUGACCCCUGAGCAAGAUGCCCUGGAGCACAUAGUUGCUUGUAGAGAUAAACCUUUCCUGGAAGGAAGGUUUAUAGACCUCUUUAAAGGGAGAGGUGUGUUCACCUGGGAAACCAUCGAACCAUCCACCUUUGUUGUUGAAUAUCAGGGAAACAUCUUUUCUCACAAAGGAAGGCCUCAGAAGAAAUAUGGUGAUUCGCUGAACAAUUACUUGUUUGAGUUUUCAUGGAUCGGAACACACUGGUGCAUUGAUGCUUCAACAGAGGACGGGACCCUUGGAAGACUUGUGAAUGAUGAUCACAUAAGUCCCAACUGUGAAAUUAAGAAAAUUGUUUAUGAAGGAAAGCCACACUUGUGCCUAUUUGCAGUGAAAAAAAUAUCUGCAGGUGAGGAGAUAACUUACAACUAUGGAGACUCCUCUUAUCCAUGGCGCUCAAGGGAAUCAUAUGAUGAAUUAAGUUCUUUCAACAUGGACUUAUAUGCUUCCUCAUCAACAACAUCAAAGAAUGAAACGCUUCAGGACUCAGAAGCUUCCAGUUCUGAUGAAUUCUACUUUGAUGAUGAUGACGAAUGUGUCAGUGGGCCAAGUCAUGACAAUGACAGUUUCACCAACAUCACCAGUCAUCUGGAUUUCAGGGACAACUCACCUUUUACAGAGUCAGAUUCCUUUAAAGACAUGACUGCUUCAUGCAGCUGGCAGGAGGACGAGGCUGCUUUCAGCUCUGAUGAACUCAGCUGGGAUGGAGAUGAUGGACCUAGUGAGGCUACACGAAACCCCAAAUUCUCUACUCGCAACAGCAAAAAUUAUUGUUAUGUUUGUGGGAAAGGUGUGAUUAAGAGUGCUCGACACCUUUUAACACAUGCUGAUGAAGAGCCUGAAAUCGCUGAAGCUUUUGCAUUACCCAAAAACUCCAAGGAACGAAAGAAGUUGCUUGAUGAUUUGCGGAACAAAGGAAACUACAAACAUAAUCAAGACGUGUUGAGGAAUAACAGUGGAGAGCUGAAACUGCGAAGACGUCCGACAUCUGUGUUAAUCAAUGCUAAAACAUGCAUGCACUGUCUAUAUUGUAAAGGCAUGUUUCAGCGUAAGGAGCUGUGGAGGCAUGUGGCCAGAUGUCCUUCUAAGACAACAAACUCUGCGACAGGUGGCAAGACUAGAGUCUUAAGUGAGAUUGCUCUUGCAGAGUCACCAUUCUCUGAAAAACUUACAUCUGAUGUGUGGGAGAUGCUUUUGACUAUGAAACCAGAUGAGGUUGCAUUGGCAGUUCAAAAUGAUUAUCUCUUAUUACAGCUGGCUCAGUAUCUGUCCGAGAAGUAUGUAUAUAAUCCAAAUAAACAUGAUUAUAUCAGACAGAAGCUGAGAGAAAUGGGAAGACUCUUGCUAGCUCUGAGAGAAAAGUCAAUAUUUACCAUUGAAGACGCUGUCAAACCUGAAAACUUCUACCAAGUUGCUGAGGCUGUCAAAGACAUUGCUGGUUUCGAUGAAAAGAUGCAGUGCUAUAAAAUACCAGGUCUUGCUUCAAAAAUAGGGCAUUCACUCAAAGCAAUCGGCACCAUUGUCCUUGCUGAAGCUUAUGGCGAUGAGCAGAUGAUGCAGGACACAAAGAAAUUCAUGAAAUUGUGUGCAAAACAAUGGACAGAGCUUUUCUCUCAAACAGCCCAUGCUUCUCAGAGCGGACAAAGAGUAAACAACCCAUCUACCAUACCAUUCACACAUGAUGUGCAGCUUUUCUACAAGUACCUAGAAACAGCAUCAGCUACUGCCAUUGAAAGCCUGAAGAUGUAUGAAAGCCCACAGGUCUACAACGCUCUUUGCAGAGUGAUACUUGCACAGGCAUCUGUCUUAAACAAAUGUGCACCCGAGGUUUCAAAAAUGACACUAAAGACAUUUCAGGAAAGGGACGACACUACCCAAGUGUUGUCUAAGAACUUCAUCAGAAUAAAUCUUCUGGGCAAGAGUGGCCAAAACAUUGCUGUCUUGUUGACCUCUGAACUUGUCAGUGCAAUAACGCUGCUUGUGAACAAGAGAGAUGCAUGUGGGGUGCACAGAGACAAUCCCUUCUUAUUUGCAAGACCUAACUCCUCUGCUACAAGCCACUACCACGGAAGGAACUGCAUCAGGGCUUUUUCAAGUCUGUGUCGUGCGAAGAACCCAGAGCAUCUCAGGUCGAUGCAACUUUACAAGCACAUUGCAAGAGUGUUCCAGAUUCUCAAUCUCGAGAAUGACGAGCUGGAUCACCUCGCUAAAUUGCUGGGCCAUGACAUCCGGGCUGACAGGGAUUAUUAUCGGCUGCCAGAGGCAGCUGUUGAACUUGCAAAAAUCGCAAAGCUACUUCUGGCAAUGGAAAAGGGGUCUCUUGAAAGAUUCAAAGGAAACUCUCUUGAGGAAAUUGAGAUUGAGGAUGAAUUGGAGUCAGAUGUGGAGCAGGGCAUUCCUGAUAACGCUGAUGCUGAGGAGGACAAUGAAGAAUCAGAUUGCUUUCCUCAGCAGAGUGAUGUUGUGGCACAACAGGGGAGUCAACUGACUCCUGAGCAAGAUGCCCUGGAGCACAUAAAGGCUUACAGAGACAAACCGUCCCUAGAGGAAAGGUUUAUUGACCCGUCUAAAGGGAGAGGUGUGUUCACCAGUGAAUCCAUUGCACCAUCCACAUUCGUUGUUGAGUAUCGGGGGAACAUCUUCCCUCACACAGAAACCAGGAAAAAGAAAUGUGGUGAUACACUGAACAGUUAUUUCUUUGACUUUUCGUGGAAUGGAACAAACUGGCGCAUUGAUGCUUCUAAAGAGGACGGGACCCUUGGAAGACUUGUGAAUGACGAUCACAUAAGUCCCAAUUGUGAAAUGAAGAAAAUUGUCUGUGAAGGAAAACCACAUUUGUGCCUAUUUGCAGUGAAGAAAAUAUCUGCAGGCGAGGAGAUAACUUACAACUAUGGGGACUCCUCUCAUCCAUGGCGCUCAAGGGAAUCUGGUGAAGGACUGAGUAGGUCACAAACAGACCGAAAUGCUGCUGUGUCUUCACAAAGGCAUGAAAGGGUUGAGGACUCAGCAGCCUGCGGCUCUGCAGAAUCCUGCAGUGAUGGAAGUUUUAUCAGCAACACCAACCAGAAGAACAAUCCAGAUUUCACUGAGUCUGAUUGUUAUAAAGAGCAGAGCGUUGUGCAACAACCCACAGAUGCUUCAUGCGUCCAGCAGGAGGACAAGGGUGAUGACAGCCUCGAUGGGUCAGACUCUGAUGGCGACUCCACACACAGUGACGCUUCAUCACAGUUGGAAGACCCUUACUGUUCCAGUAACAGAAAUUUCUGUUACGUUUGUGGGGAAUCUAAGACCAAAAUUGCUCGUCACCUUUACACCCACAGAGAUGAAGAGGCUGAUAUUGCUGCAGUGUUUGCAUUACCCCGAAACUCCAAGGAACGGAAAAGACUACUGUAUGAGUUACGAAACAGAGGAAAUUACAAACAUAAUCAGGAGGUUCUGCAGAGUCACUCUGGACAACUGAAAGUGAGAAGGAAAGCGAGCAUGUUCAACACUGAUAAAAAAGUGUUUGCAGUCUGUCUCUAUUGUAAAGGCACGUAUGUUCGUAAGGUAAUGUGGCGGCAUUUGCAAAAGUGUCCUUCAAAGAAAUGUAUGAAAUCUCCAUUAGGGGUCAGGGCUAAAAUCUCAACUAUGGUAGCUGUUGCGGAGUCAACAGACUCCCAAGAACUUUCGUCAGAUUUGAGUAGCAUCCUCAAUAAACUGAAGAAAGAUGAUAUUGCAUCUGUAGUUCAGAGUGAUUUCCACAUAUUGCAGAUUGCACAGUAUUUGCUCCGCAAUACUGAAAGUAAAGCAAAAAAUUAUACAUACAUCCAACAGAGGGUGAGGGAGUUGGGAAGACUCCUGUUAACAUUGAAAACAAAGUCAAUAUUUAGCUUUGAAGAAGCUAUCAAACCCCAAAACUUCAGCAAACUUCUUGAAGCUGUCAGAGAGGUCACAGGUUUCAAUGAGGAGAUGAACUCCUUCGAGAGACCAACUGUCUUCCAGAAAUUGGGAGUUUCACUGAAGAAUAUUGGUGACCUUAAUUACGCUAGGGCUUUAAAAGAAGAUGCAGAUAAACAGACAAUACAUGAAGCGGAGGCAUUUGUAAAAUUGUGUGCCGAAGAAUGGGUAUCCACGUCCCCAUCUAAACCAAAAAUCAACAGCCCAUCAACUGUACCGUUCAUACAGGAUGUUCAGCUCUUCUACCAGUGCAUGGAAAAGACAGCAUCUUCUGGAGUUGGAAGCCUGACGAUGUAUGAAAGCCCACAGGUCUAUAAUGCACUUCUCAGAGUCACGGUUGCACAAGUGUCAGUCUUAAACAAAAAUGCGUUAGAAGUUUCAAAAGUAACACUCAAGUCAUUCAAGAAAUGGGACGAGACUGAGCCUCAUGACAACGCUGCUGUUUGCCAGUCACAGCUUGAGCAAAUUCUGACCAAGGGCUCCAUGAAGAUCAAUGUUACGAGCAAUGGUGGCAAAAAAGUAGCUAUUAUGCUUACCCCUGAACUGCUCAGUGCAAUAAAACUGCUUGUGAGCAAGAGAGAAUCAUGUGGUGUACAUGAAAAUAAUCCCUUCUUAUUUGGGAGACCUGUCGCCACUUAUAUGAGCUUCUACCAGGGACACCAGUGCGUCAGGACUUUUACAGAUCGGUGUAAGGCAAAGAAACCCGAGCACCUCAGGUCUGCGUAUUUUCGUAAGUACAUUACGAGAGUGUUCCAGAUUCUCAGCCUCACGAAUGACGAACUCGAUCAGCUAGCCAAACUGUUGGGCUGUGAUAUUCGGACGGACAAGGACUACUAUCAGUCACCAGAGGCAGCUGUCGACAUUGCAAAAAUUUCAGUGUUGCUGUCGGCAACGGAGAAUGGAUCUCUUGAGAAAUUCCACGGAAAAUCUCUUGAGGAAAUUGAGAUUCCAGAUAAAUUGGAGCCGGAAGUGGAGCAGGACAACCCUAAAAACAGUGAUGCUGAGGAUGACAAUGAAGAAUCAGAAAGUUCUCUUCAGCUGAGCGCUCGUUCCUCUUCAAAACGCUCCUUUUCAGCUCCUAAAAACCCCCCUGGCAGAGCUUGCAGAGUUUCUUCUUCAAAGAAACGUGGCCCACGCAAGAGCACUAAGCGUGAAAAGGUGUCUUCUGGGCUGAAUAAAGAAAAAAGUGACGAGGUGAACGCAGAGAAGGAUGACAGGUCAGAGGAAAUGUCUCCGAGCUGUGCUGUCAACACACGUGAGGAAACACCGUCUCGUAGCAAUGACAACGCAUCAAACGUUUGUUUUAGUGAUGAUGAUGAAGACAUGAAUGUGGACUUUGACAUGGACAUAGACACUGAUGAGGACACUGUCAGAAAUGUGGAAAAUGAUGGAGAUGGUGACACAAACAGCCCAGCAGCAACUCCUGUGAGAACAGAUGUUAAAGUUACGAGAAAGAGGGACAAACACAGCAGUGAUAAUAAGAAGAAAGGCAACAAACACACCCCUGACAUGGACCUGGAAGACACCAUGGACACUGAUACAUUGAACAAUAAGGAGAAAGAAGAUCAAAAGAAAGGAGGGGAAGAAAACAACUGGAUGGAUGUGGAUUGCAGGGAUUCUUCUGCCAUCUUAAAUAAAGGAAAGAAGAAGAAAUUAUUGGCUGCACUGACCGGGACAAAAGAAGUGAAGAUAUUAAUCCCAAAACUGGACAUUGAGAAGUUACAGGUUCCAGUCCACAUGUCCCAGUUACCAUCUUUGUGUCACUCUUUCAAGUCGCCAUUGAAAGAUCUUCCCAUCUAUGACGAGGACAACACCCACGCUAGCUACACAAAGGCCAUGCAGAUGACCUGCUCCCACUGCAAGAAGAACAUGAUAUUAGGCCAAACGGCUUACCAGAAGAAAGGAUUCACAGACGUCUUCUGCUCAAAAAGCUGCCUAUUAGAAAUGUUCCCUGUCGUCAAAACAGUCACCAAGACGUGUCAUUACUGUCUCAAGGCGAUAUCACAGCUUUUGGACCUUAUCAUGGCUGCAGUGGACAUUAAUGGAACUAUGAAGGACUUCUGCAGCCAGACGUGUCUCUCCUCUUUCAAGUCCAACCCCGUGUCCACCCAAACGCCACAAUCAAUCUGCAGCAAGUGCAACAAAUUCUGCACUAGCACAUGUGAGCUGACUCUGGACGAGGCUGUCCACAAGUUUUGCAGCGACGCCUGCUUGGAGAGUUUCUGCAGGGACAACAUGGUUGUCUGUGAGAACUGCAGCUGCUACUGCCACAAGAAACCGCUUGUCCUGAAGAUGGAGGAGGGCACCAAAACCAUCUGCAGUGACAAUUGUCUGAACGAGUUCAAAGAGAAAAUCAAGACACCUCACAGAUGUACCAUGUGCCACACAUCUCGACCGGUGUCAGACAUGGUUGACUACAAAAGCAGCGAGGACACAGUGGAGCUCUUCUGCACUCGCACCUGUGCGACGUCAUACAAGCUACGGCCUGCAAUUGUUUACAAGCUUCAAGGAAAGAAAGGCAAAUCAGGUCGGUUGAAGAAGUGGAGAAGAGGCAGGCGACCAAAUGCAAAAUCAAAUACUGAGGACGUACAGGUGGUCUCAGACUCCGCUGCAAACCAAAACGACGCGUCUCCAGCUGCGGCGUCGGAGACCCUGCCGACAUUAAUCAUCGCGGACUCGUGUGUUGUCUGUUGCCACUGUGGAAAGAAGCUGCCGAGAGGACAGACACUUUACCAGCCGAGGAGCUCACUGGAGGUUUUUUGCUCUGCCUCCUGCCUCUCCGUUCGGCAUCCCCACAUCAAAUUAGUCACCAAAAACUGCUACAACUGCUGUCAGGUGAUAAUGCGACCUCAUAACGUCAUCCUGGCUCCGGUGGAUGAUUCGGGAACUAUGAAGGAGUUGUGCAGCGAGACCUGCCUCGCUUCUGUCAAAAUCAAGAGGAACAUGGCCGCCCCGAAACCUCCACCGCUGGAAGGACCUCGGUCAGAGUGCCGGAUGUGUGCCAGAUUUUGCUUUUGCAAAUACAAGCUGACCGUGGAUGGCGUGCUCCACCGAGUCUGCAGCGACGCCUGUUUCAUCAGCUACCACAAAGUCAACAACUUGCCGUUGUUAACGUGUGACAUCUGCAGCUCCGUCUGCCUCGACAAACGGCUCAUGUUGAAGACGGAGGACGGCGGUAAAACGAUCUGCAGCGGAGAAUGUCUGGUCAAAUUCAAAGAGAAAGUUGAGACACCUCAGCUGUGCAUCAUGUGCCAGACUUCCCAUCGGAUAUCAGACAUGGUUGAAAACAAAAACGAUGAGGGCAAGUUGGACUUCUUCUGUAGCAACCGAUGUAUGAUGGUAUACAAGGCCCAGGUGUUCACUGUGGCGGGGAGGAAAAGUCCAUCAUACACCGAGAAUGACAUUAAAGAAGUGAAGCCAUUAGUACCAAAUUUGGACUUUAUAAAAGAAGAGCCUAUUGAUGAAGAGUACAACCAGAACCUCCCAUCAUCUGUAUCGACAGAAGACAUCAAGGAUGAGCCAAAUAUGUCAAAGGAGGGCUUGAAGAUCGGUUCAGUCUUUUCCUUGAUGGGAGACUCCACGUCUACAGCUCCCACUUUCACCCACAUGGAUUUGCCUGCGUCUUGCUCCUCCUGCAAAAAGGUCCUGAUGGACGGAGAGACUGUUUACCAGAGGAAAAGCCACACAGACAUCUUCUGCUCCACCUCCUGCCUGUUACAGUUUUACCAAAUGAAACCAGUUAAGAAGACCUGUUACUUCUGCCUUCAGGCGAUAAUGAAGCCUCGGGACAUCCUCCAUGCCCCGGUGGAUAACGAGGGGACGAUGAAGGACUUCUGCAGCCAGACCUGUUUCUCCUCCUUCAACUACAAGAGGAUCAUGUCCACCAAAAUACCCAUCGUGCCACUCGGGUCACGUUCACAAUGCAGCAUGUGUGGCAGAUACUGCAUUAGCAAACAUGAGAUCAUACAGCAGGACACAGUCCACAAGAUCUGCAGUGAACCCUGCUUCCUCCGUUUCUGCAACCUGUCCAUCUGCAAGAACUGUAACGCCCGCUGCAACACGCCGCUCAGGCUCAAGAUGGAUGACGGCAGCAAAAUAUUGUGCGGCGCAGAGUGUCUGGCACAAUUCAAACAGGGGAUCAAAACACCGCAGACAUGCUCCAUGUGCCACAUCUCCUGUCUGGUUUCAGACAUGGUGGAAAACAAAAACAGUGAGGAUGUGGUGGAGCUCUUCUGUACCAGCAGUUGUCUGAUGGCAUCUAAGAUUCAGGCGGUCAGUGCAUCAGGUGCUGCAUUGAGUUGUGGUAACUGUGGUAGGACUACAGUGCCGGCCUGCCACCUCGCCAUGUCAGAUGCCUCCGUCAGAAACUUCUGCACUCUAACCUGUGCCAUGGCUUUUAAGGAGACUCAGAAAGACGUGAAUGUUGUAACAAACCCCGCAGGAGUCCCCGACCAAUCACAGUGUGAUUCCCUUAAACCACCAGAGAAACUGCCGUGCGCCCAGUGUCGCCGCAUCAUAAAAACGGCUCCCAAAGUCGUCCAGAAAAAGGGCAAAAUGAAUUUCGUGUGUAGCCCGACCUGUUCUCAAGAGUUUAAGAGAGUGAACAACAUCAUCGGCGAGUGUGAAUACUGUAAGACUGAAAAGAUCAUCGGAGAAGCCCAGAGAGUCGACAACAAAGACUGUUACUUCUGCAGUGACGGCUGCAAGAUGCUCUUUCAACAUAAUCUGGAGAAGAAGUGGGGGAAACACUGUCGCUCGUGUGCUUACUGUCUCUCCAUCUCCAAGUCGGUGGUGACAGCGCAGUAUGAAAAUAAAACCGUGGAGUUCUGCUCUGAAGACUGCAACUUAAAUUAUAAAAUGCUCCACUGCCGCGUUGCCAGCUGUGACACCUGCGGUCGCAAAAGGAAACUAAAGCAGAGUCUUUCCAUGCUGGGGGAGGUCAAACACUUCUGUGAUAUGAAAUGUCUGCUGCUGUUCUGCAAUAAAAAAGGCCAAAUGGUCAACACAGUCUCUUCACCUCCUGGAUCUGCAGGUGCAGCGGAGUCCUCUCCCGUCAUCGCUAACGUUAUUUCGCUUGCUGGUGCUCUAAAAGGGAAGCACAGCACCUCGACCAGCACUUCACAUCGAGAUUCUGUCUCUGACAUUCAAACAAAGGUUGUCGGACAUGUCAGCAUCCAAACCGUCCCCAAGGAACUGAAGAACAAGUCCAUGCUCUGUACGCCGUUAGUCCACAACAAAGGAGUCUCCUGUUCAACACAGACAGUCGAUGCAGAGGCACAAACAGACAACUUUGUACCUAAAGUCAUAGUCAUGCCUGUGCCGGUGCCGGUUUACGUUCCUGUGCCGAUGAACAUGUACAGCCAGUACACACCCAAACCCGUUGGCCUGCCGUUACCGCUGCCUGUGCCCAUGUUCCUCCCUGUGACGCCGGACAACUCAGAGUCAAUAAUAAAAUCCAUGAAGGAGAGGAUUCCUCCCGACGGCUUCGAGGGCGAGCUCAACUUCAAGGCUAAGAUGGAGGCGAAGCUAAAUGAGAGGAACGAGAGAGGUGACGAGCAGAAGGACGAAGAUGUGAUAAAAGAAGGAGAAAGUCAAGACACUCAUGCCCACAAAGACCACACCAGUAGCUGCAGUGAUGACCUGGAUACGUUCAUCAACCAAGAAGUCUGCUCCUCUUUCAUCAGACUCAGGUCGCUCAGUCGACCACAUGCCCACAAGAAACCCCCUCUGGUUUUAGAUGUGGGCACGUCCAGUGAGCUUCCACCUCCAGCUCCUCCUCCUCUCGCUGUAGAGAUGAAAGAGGAUCCCCAGAGCUCACUGAGCCUUGUGCCGGCCCCUCCACUACUGCAAGAAACUGUGGGGAAAGUCCACAACAAGAAUAAGGGUCGUAAGCUGCAACAGUUGUCUAAGACAAAUAAAGAGGAAACUUCUUAUAGAGACUUUUCAAAGGCCACGUUUAACCAGCCCUGCAAACUGAGCAGUCAGUACGGGAUUGAUGCCUGGAAGAGAUGGAUACAGUGGAGGGAAUCACAAACCAACCUGGACCUUGUUUCUUCACACAACACGGCGUUAAAGGAGGACGUUCUUCGCUGCUCCGCGGCUGAGCUGAGCGACGGCCUCUGCCGCUUCAUCACUGAGGUGAAACGACCCGACGGGGAGCCGUACUCACCUGACAGCCUGUUCUACCUCUGCCUCAGUAUACAGCAGCAUCUGUUUAACAACGGCCGAAUGGAGAAUAUAUUCAGUGAUCUGAUCUACAGCAAGUUCUUGACAGUUUUCACCAAAAUCCUGAAAGAUUUCAAACCUUCGAUCACAGCCAGCAGUCAUAUUCAUUUCCGUAUUGAGGAGGAGUUUCUGUGGGACUGUAAACAGCUGGGGGCGUACUCCCCCGUCAUCCUCCUCAACACACUGCUCUUCUUCUGCUGCAAGUACUUCGGCUUCACUACGGUGGAGCAGCAUCGCCAGCUGUCCUUCACACACGUCAUGCGCUGCACCAAAACCAACAAGAACAACACCAAGACCACCUUCCUGCGCUUCUACCCGCCCGUAUCCAUAAACGAAGCAGAGUCAGACGGCGUCCCGGCUAAGAAACGUAGAAAAAAUGAAGAGGAAAUCCUGCAGAUGAAGGAGAACACAGAGAACCCUCUUCGCUGUCCGGUCAGACUCUACGAGUUCUACAUCUCCAAGUGCUCAAAGUCGGCGAGGCGGACCUCUGAUCUGUUCUACCUUCAGCCAGAUCGCCACUGCGUCCCCAACAGCCCUCUGUGGUUCUCCUCCGAGCCUCUGGAUGACCGCACCAUGGAGGCCAUGCUCGUACGAAUCCUCACCAUCAGAGAGCUGUGGAGGGAAGACAGAGGUGGUAUGGACCAACAGACGUCAGAUGACCCACCUUUUAUACCUGAUGAAGAGGAUUCAGAAUGAUGAAGGGAGGUUUUUUGGAGGACUAUGUUUACAUUCAGGUAUCGAGUUCUGUUAAACAAUCUGUAAAUGGUCUGAAAACUCAAGAGAAAUGCGUUCCAUCAAACAGAAAUAAAGACCCUAAAAUGUGUUUAACUGCUGAAAAGACGCUUCUUUCAUCAAGUCAUUUGCAGGUUUUGACAAAAUGUAUUUAUUUUUUACAAAUACUAUAAAUUCACAUUCAUGUUUUGUGAUUCCUUCAAUCUAUCUGCAGCCCCAGACUCAGAUUAAGUAAACGGUUUUUUGGGGGGAUUUUCGCACACUUCAGCUGUCUUUCAACUGUAAAGAGAAAAAGAAACUCUGAGGAAAGAAACAAGUUCACAUUAGCUGCUGAUUUGUACAGUUUGGUUGGUUUUUGUUUCCCUUGUGACAGUUGAAUGUUGAUGCUUUCAGUUGUGAUUUGAGAUUUUCUAUUUUGAUUUUCAAUUAAAAAAAAAUAUUUUAAAGAAA